CGAAUGCAGAGUUGCUCUCUCCCAUCACUUUUCAACAGAAACCAUUGACACCCUGCAUCUGGAUGGUACAAUUGUCAAUGGCAUGUGUCGAAGUUCAGCCUUCAGCUCUCACAUGCUGGAGCUCCUAUCGCAGUAAUCAGUCUUUCUCCAACUCACACCCACCCACUAACUCACCACUCUUGUCAACCGCAGAACGUCAAGCUUGGAAUAAGUUGGCAGUCUGCAGCGAGAUACUAUGGAACUAUCAAGGUGGACUAGGACGGCGUCCUGGUACUAGCUUAACAAGGCCACGGCUGCCACAGCAACGGUUCAAUGGAGAGCUAGAGGCGCUUCCACCGAGAGCUUCGGCGGACGUUCUAAAUGGCAUACUCAUAUGCUGGUGGGUGCAAGCGGAUAGUCCAGCCAGCCCUCUGAUCGUCUCCCACUAUCGCUAACCCACUGGCCGUCUAUAUCGAUGAUGUCAAAGGAAUUCUGUCCCCUGUGUAUGUAGGGUUGUGCGGGAAUUCAAUACUCGUGUGAUGCAAUUCUAGGUGUCGAUUAAUGGCUCGCUAGUGUUCAUUGUUCAGUGUUCUGAUAUCUGAAGGCUUGGUGUGAAGCAGCAGCACUAGACUAGAACCAUUCAGGGAAGUAGAGUCUGUGUUGCAUUCAGUCGGUGAUUUUUCAAAUUUUCCAGUUCGAGGCAAUUGCUUCUUCUAUAGCGAGUGAUGGAUUUGUGAGCGUGCACAAAAGUGAUGUUGAGUGUGUCGGUUACUUGUAAUAAUGUAUUGAUUCCAGUCUGUGCUUUGUGGCGAGGAACCUAUGCGUGCUCGAAACUGCGAGUUCCUGCGUGGACAUGUUCAGGAACCACAGCUAGCUUUUAGUGAUAACUUUACAAUACUGUAGAAAUGAGGAAGACUGGAAUCUACGAGGCUUGAAUUUUUCGCGAGUUAGGAGGUAGGACUAGGUGAUUCUCGAUCGUGAAAGUAUAAGGUCAUCGGUUUUAAACGUUGAAUGACAAGCCGUUAACGCGAUUGUGAUAACGGAGCAUAACUGUAGUGAGAUCAUUGAGCGAUCGUAUGGGACCACUGACCAGAGCUCGCAGAGUACUAUUGCUUCCCCUGUUCGGUGGAAUAUUGUACAGGCGCUUCGCGAAGAAUGAGCUUGAUCGUCCAUGUUUGGAUAGGCAAUGGAGGAGCAACGUCAUUAAAUGAAGUGAAAUCCUGCGUACGUUGAGUGAAAUCAAGCUUUGUCAACAGAAGACGAUGGAAUUCGAGAUUAGAAGCUUACAGUGGUGAUGAGAGCCACUUGCUGAUGCAAUUUUUGGAUUGACUUGCGUUCGCUCUCUCUCUCUCGUUGUCAUUUCCUCACCUGGUGCCUUCAGAUGCUUCUCUUUCUUACUUUUCAACAUUGCAAUAAAAAAUUGAGGAUAUCUCGCCGUCGCAGAGCAUGUCAAGAUUGCUGAAAGAUUACAGAUUCAAUGAGGCGCUGUUUCUGAUUUGAAAGGAAAGAUGGUUGGUAAAUUAUGAAACUGCAGGUGGGUUACCAUCCAUAAACCAAGAGCGCAAUACUGUCUCUCCCCCGGUGCCCUGGUUGCUAACUACAUAGAGAAGUUCAAGUUCAUUUCAAGUACACAGCAUCUACCCACCUACAGUUUCAGUCCGAAUGGACUCUGAACCUGCAGUUUCGUAGCCUUUACCUUCUCCGAACAUGAACUUGUAGCUCUUCCUGAAGGCGUAGCAUCAUGUCAUUAACGAUGCCCACCUUUUAGCGGCAAUAUUGAUUCGAGCACGCUGAUUGUAACGAUCAAGGCAGUGUUGCACUUUCCUGCUCAAGACCUUAGUUUAUCGAAACCUGUCCGAUCCUCAUUUCUGGUCUGCCAUUCCAGAUUUGGAUAUCAUGCUAACCUCUGCUGUGGCAACCUUGUCCUCUGGAGGUGUCCAUCUCGAGGGAAGUAAACGUUCUGAAUCAUUCGAAGGAGGCUGCAGAUGAUCCAUCGCAAUGUGAGCGUUGCACCCACGUCUCGGUACGAGACGUUACAUUCAAGAACGUUGGGCUCGAGUCCCGAAACCGAACCUUAUAAUGAUCCCCACUACAUGGUUUUCCGUGUGGUAUUUUUAUACUCUCUCGUUCAUCAGACUAUAUUUGGACUACGAACGGUCGAACCUUGAAACUACCAAGUCACAGUUGGAAGAGGUCGCCAGAUCGCAGGGCGCAAUUUCCGUCUGAAUAGCCCAUCCGACACUCAAAGCACUGUGAUCUGGAGUGACGAAACGCUGUGAUACGGAGGGAAUGUAAACGGCCUCAUAUCGUUCCUGGCUUAAAUUCAAGAGUCGAUCAUUCGAAGCUUUGUGACAUAAUUUGUUAUUAAUAGACAUGCCAAAGCCAAACGCGGCGAGCUACUAAUAAUCUCGCGAGAUUGGAUUCGAUGGCGAGCUUAUUUCAUGUGUUCGACUUCCGAGAGGCUCUCUUCCGGAGCAAUCAACCUCGGAGAUCUGUAGACGGAGGACGAUUGAGAUUCGAAGGCAAGAACCCCUCGGAGAGCUUCAUCGGUAGGCACUUAUUCUGUAUCUGUUGACGCUCAAUCAGGUUUGGAGGCGCCGAGGAACAGUUUGGACGUGCCAGGCGGAGCAGCCAAUGCAGAUAGGAGGACUCCUUCCAGGCCCGAGGACAUUCCUUUUGGCCACGAAUACCACAAUACAGCUCUUGCCUCGAGCAGCGGCCGAAGGAAGUGGGACGGCGCACCAUACACAGGAGGGCAUGAUAGAUCGGAGCAGUCGACGAUCGAGACUACGGGACGAGUCCCAAAUAUUGUAGCAAGGCUCAUGGGCUUGGACGCCUUGCCGGAUGAGCUUCCAACCGUCCGUCCACGAAAGUCGUUGCAAGAAAUGCCGACGUAUGGAUGCGCCAAGCAAGCCGAAGGAAGUCCAGUUUUGUUCCGCCAGCACUCGCAUGGUGCGAUACCGUUCUCGUGGAAGCGUCCUCCUCUUUCUCAGGAUGCGCAGCGAGAACAAACGAAUGAGGGUGUAGAAGAGAGCGAACUAGCCCCGGUGCUUCCCUUCCGAGAUCAUCCGCAAGAAGAACAGCUGCUGGAGUUUAAGAGAGAAUUCGAGACUAAGGAACGAGAGCGCGCCCGAAAUACCCAGCUGGAUGAUAUGAGUCGCCAACUAGAGGAGAAGAAGAACAAAGUUCGGGCCACUCUUGACAAAGCCAGGAUUGCAUUAUCGCAGGGGAUCAUAACUGAGCCGAAGCAUCAUCUCAAUGGCCAGGGAAAAUUCGAGGAAUCACAGGAGUUCUUGGACGCAAUGGAGUUUUUGCAGUGUAAUAAGGACUUCAUUUUUCAGUUUCUCCAGCAAAAACCUCACGUCAUGUUCAGCAACGAACCCCGGAAUACCAUACCACCGGUAAUUCGUCCGAAAACGCCGAAGAAGGGAAAACGCACCUCUGCAGCUACUCCCCGAGACUCCACUGAGAAGAAGCGAGACGGGUUCAGCCCCCGCGCAAUCGCUCGUCUCUUCAUGCCAUCGGAUUCUCGGAAACGUAAUGAAAGGGAGGAACAGCUGGCGACUCCCCCGUCUGGCACCGGAUCCCUACCCGCGAUUGUGAGGUGUAACAGCUCCAGAAUGGCGAACACAGGAUCUAGAGAACUUUCGGGUGGUGCGAAGCUGAAGACUUCGAGCUCCACAAACUCAAGAAAUGCGUCACCGACUGUAACUCCGAAGGUGCACAGAGAUGACAUCAGAAGCUGCAGCAAGAAUGGAGCUCAAGAUGUCAUCGGGGAAAUAAAAGAGAGGCUGCGACAAAGAGACGCUGACAAGGGUGCAGCUGGGGAGGAGGUUAGAUUUACCAAGGACUUCAGCAAAGAGCAUUUGCGAGGUUCUGUGCGAGACUCUAAAGGCAUUGCACCAGAUAUUGUCAAAAAUGCGCGUGAAGGGUUGAAUUUCCAGAAGUUGGCCAAAGAUUCCACCCAGACGAGGAUUGUCUCCACGGGCAAACGUAUUUCUAUGCAGAAACCGGACACGAUGGACAUGGCCUGCAUGAGCGAUGGCGAGGACAUCCCAACGCCGUUGCAGAAGGUUUUUCGAGGGAAUGUGGGUAGGUCAUGUGUCAGUCUGCCGAGCCCGCCUCACCUUUUGGCUCCUCUCGCAAAAGAAGCCGCAGCGGGUACAAGAGUGACCCGAAAUCGUGCACUUAAGAAAACCCUAAAUCCCAAAUCUGGCGAUUCAAUUGACACUCCAGCCACACCCAGGGCAGCGGACAGGACCAUAGCAAAGAAGACCCUACUGGCAUUAAAAUCCCCCCGACGGAGCUCUCCACGCUCCAGUACUGAAGUGGAGAAGAAUCCCAUGCGGAGGUCGGCUUCUGUGAAUGAAAACUGUGUCCAGGGCAAUGCCUUCAAGCCCAAAGGCGACAGCCUCGUGGUCAUUGCCAGAAAGAAUCAUCUCCAUGGCGCCAAUGAGCCUUCAACGAACCUCACUCGCUGUCGAUCGUUGCCAAACUCGGCCAUAUUGCGAGAGAAAGGGCAACAUGCCAAAGAAACAGCUUGUAAGCCCACAAAGACCACGGCGGAGGUGGUGUCCACUCCUGCAAAGCAUCAUCAAAGUGGUGAAAAGAAGAAAGGCCUUUUGAUUCCUGGCAGGAAGAAGUGGCGGGAUAGCUCAGAGGUCAUGCCCUUAACCCCAGACCCAGUGUUGGCGCGUGUUGUUUCUCUAGCGGAAUCCUGCGUCUCGCGAAGUAACACGCUAAGCGAUGCAGACAGUGCCGCAGAUGCCUUGUUUCAUGUCCGAUCGAGCAGAAACAGUUUGAAGAAGUCCAAGGAAAAGCCUAGGGAGAUUAUGCUACCUCCCAAACCAGUGACAUACGCUGAGUUUCUCCAACAUUUCCGUGCAUCCCCGCCUACAGAUGAGAGUGUCAUCUCUGAAAGUAGUGCUGAUUCUGAUCUCGGUCCCUACGAACACGAGUUCUUAGAAGUGCUCACUCUGAUGAAUCCACUUGCCAAGCGCAAGUCCACAGCCGCGACCCAAACUGCACCGAUGCAAAGGGUUCAAAGCCCUGCCUGUCCACCCUCUCCGCAGUCACGAAAGGUCCAGAAUGCAAAGAACAGUCCACAGCCUCUCCGAACUCGAGCGACAGCGAGGAAAACCCUUCACCACCACAUAGAGGAAUCCUCCCAAGAUUCAAGCAGCGAUAAGAAUGGACAGCCAAGUCCUGUAUCUGUUUUGGAUUUGCCUUUCGAAUCCGAGGAGUCUCUGAGUCCGCUCGAGUUCAAAGAGAUCACGAAUGAUCUUAGAGAACUGCAAAAUCGAUUACGGCUUUUGAAAGCCGAUGGUAGCGAUCCAAGAAUGAGAGACAGCAUGGAAAAUGUCGUAGAGAUGGCCGUGGCGCGCGUUCCUGGUGACAAACAGAGAGGAGCCUUACGAGACUUGGCCUGCAAAUCAAGACAGGAGAGGAAUGGUCGACUCAAGUCGUAUCCACAUCCUGUGGAUCCUGAAGCAGAUUUCGCGUUUGUGAGGGACAUUCUUGUGACCUCAGGAUUCCAUACCUGCGGCGGGCGCAACAUCAGUCGGUGGCAUUCCUCUACGCAACCGAUCAGUCCUCGCCUCUGCGAGCGCAUCGAAGCCAACUACUCGGACACUAAGCAGGGACGUUCGAUGCUUCGUAUCCUAUUCCACGCAAUCAAUGAGAUACUCGUCGCGAGACUAGAGUCCCAGAGCCACCAUCAUCUGCGGUUGCAAGCGACUGGAUCUCUCCACGUCGAGAUUCCACCGAGGACGAUGACUACAGGAAGGAGAUUCGUGGAAGACAUCUGGAAUGAUAUUCGCUUGCGACAGUUUCCUGCGCUCUGCCCCGACCCCCACCACGACUACCUCGAAAGCCUUGUAGUACAGGACCUGAAAUUCUCGAGCUCCUGGCUGUCGCUCCACGACGACGUUGAUCGCAUCUGCCUCAAACUAGAGAGGGCCAUCUUCGAUGACUUGAUGCAGGAGCUGUGCGUAGCAAUGCUGGUGUAACUUAGAAAACAUAGACACACAGAAUUGAUGACAGCAUUGGGAUUUGGAACCUGGUCGAUUUGGUUGCGAGCUCGCUGGAUCGUCAAUUCGUACGCAGCAAGCACAGCCGCAGAGAGUCCCCCCCCCCUCUCAUUCGUGCAUCGCAGUCCCCAUGUACAGAUUCGUAGAAUCCCCUUCCUUCCCACCGAAACUCGCAUCGCUGAAGGGGAAGGUGUCGGUGCUCGAAGCUCGCGAGCACUUGCCACGUCGGAUUCCCAGCUGGCAAAACUCAUUCCCAUCCGGAAGUUCCGUUUUUUAAAUACCAUGUGCCACGUAGGCUGGGCUUGCCUGCGUGUCGCGAUGCGCAUUUCUUGAAAUAGAUGGAAAUUGAAUGUUCGACGUUGAAGGACAAAUCUGAAUAACCAUGCAAAGCUUUUGUAAAGAUGGAAUUGAUUCAUAGAAUUUGUUUAAUUUUGUUUUGAA